AUGAACCAUAUAGUAUUCAGUGUGCUUUUCCUUGUCGCUCUUUGUACUGCUGAGUGCUCGGAAAGGAAAAUGAGGAAGUUACCACUUGUUUUCAAGGAGUGUGAAAAGAAGUACGACAGCUGCGAGUGUACACAACGAAAAGUCUUUUAUUUAACCGAAUCAGAGUGCACUGACACAGAAGAGUACAAAGAACUCAAACCAGUUGCGGACACAUGCACAGUCAAUGAAAAUUCUUGCAAAUAUAAAGACGACUACGAAUGCAGAAUCGUCCACUCGGGGUGCCUUGACGUCGUUUCUCUUAACCUCGGAGGUGACAAACUGACCUGCCUCAACAAAUUCACAGAGUGCCUAAAGAAGGUUCACUGUGAAUCCUCUCCGUUGUACAUCCAAGCCGACGAAAUCGUCCAACACCCAGAGAAAUUCACUGAACAACUUAAGGUUGUCAGAAAGACAGAAGAAGAGGUCACAAAAGAAUUGGACCCAAAGGAAGAGAAGGAGGACAAGAAGCCACAGGACAAACCCGAGUUAUAA